UUUCAUGCCAUCGCACGAAGAAGAGGAAGAAAGAGACGGCGAAGAACUUCCUCCUUUCAUGAGCUCCGAGACGAGAAAGACGUGAAUCCUAACUGAUAGCUAAAUAUAUAGCUGCUAGUCUUGAUUUUUCUCACGAUUCUGUGAUUGCCCUUUGUGUGCUGUUUGUGCAUCAGCAUGGCAGUCGUCAUCCGUUUACAGGGACUGAGCAUCGAAGCAGGUUCUGAGGAUAUUCGCAGGUUCUUCGGUGGCCUCAAAAUUCCAGAUGGAGGGGUUCAUAUAAUUGGUGGGGAGCGAGAAGAAGCUUUCAUUAUCUUUGCUUCAGAUGAGGAUGCAAGAAGAGCCAUGACACGAUCAGGGGGGUUCAUCUGCGAUUCAUCUGUUACUUUGCUACUAAGUAGUAAGACAGAGAUGCAGAACAUGCUUGAAAAUAGUACAAAAACAGCGAUGGAUCAAAAGAGGGGACUUGAGGACAAUGGAAGGCGACCUCAGAGAUCUGUGGAUCCUCAUUUCAGCAGGAGACCAGGUAGCAGGUUGGAUUAUACCCCUUCCCCACAACACCAGAGUGCUCCAAACAAUGAUGACUUCUUGUGUUUGUUUCUAAAAGGACUGCCUUUCUCUGUGACUGAAAAAGAAGUGUUUGACUUCUUUGGUGGUUUGUGUGUUGAUGAAAUAGUGUUAUUGAAAAAUCAAAAAGGAUUAAACAAAGGGACCGGUUUUGUCAAAUUUGCAACCAGAGAGGAUGCAGCAGAAGGUUUGAAGAGGGACAAGCAAUACAUUGGAUCCAGGUAUGUUGACAUUUUACCAACAACAGUUGCGGAUUGGCGUCGAGCUACUGGCAGAGCACCAACUGUUGACAACAAGGAGGACAGCUUUGAAAGGAGGAGGUCACCUGUUCGCAGUCAGAGGAAUCCACAACAUCACAUGAGGUCUCCGCAACAUCGCAUGAGGUCUCGAUCACCUGUGGCCCAGAGGCAUAAUUCCCCUGAGGAGUAUUGUGUUUUGUUGGACAACCUCUCAUUUGCAGUGGAAAAAGAAGAUAUAAAACAACUUUAUCGUAAUGCAAAGCUUGAGGAUGAUCAGAUCUUACACUUACGUGACAGUGAUGGGAAAAGAACGAGGUCUGCAUUUGUAUUGUUCAAGAGUCUGCAUGACUACUGUGAUGCAUUAUCUCAUGAAACGAGAGAGUUAUUCAAUCGGUUGGUGUACACCCGGCCAAUCUCGAAGGAGAAGAUGAUCAGCCUUUUGGAAUCUCAGAGUGUGGCUGGCCGAACUUCUGGAACCCCUGAAAGGUUUCCAGAGAGGCCUCCGUCUUACCCCAGUGAUCCCUACACCAGUGAGAAAAUCUGUGUGUAUGUGCAGAACCUACCAUUUGAUGUAAGAAAAGUUGAGAUUAUGGACUUCUUCCAUGGGUUUAAUGUCACAGAAGACAAGGUAUAUGUGCUUCGUGACCAUGAAGGUGCUGGGGUUGGAAAGGCUUUGGUUCUCUUUCGGUCUGAGACAGAGGCUACGAGGGCACUCUCUCUCAACGGACGACGGUUUCUGGGGUCAGAAGUUAUACUGAAGGGCAUUUCACGUUCUCAGAUGCAGCAGUUGGGUGUUGAUCCACCAGUGAUGCAGGAACCACUGCCAAGAGAGGUGCAGUACUCGGGCAGGAGAAGCGAGGCAUCCUACUCUGGUGACACUUUGCAACCAGAUUUAAGCAUUCCACCUGAUGAUGGUAUACCAGCGACAUAUGUAGAAGGCCAUGGAGGCUGGGAUUAUGAACCUCACUCAGUGGAUGUGGGUUCUCCACGAGACCGGGGUAAUGGGAUUGGUGGAACCCUUGGCUCUUCUGUUAAGAAUUUCGAUGAUCCUACCUGUGUCAAGUUACUCAACUUGCCAUUCCAAAUUCGAAGCGAAGAAAUCUACGACUUUUGUUACGGAUAUCACAUCAUACCUGGAUCUGUGUCACUGCAGUGUGAUGAGCGCGGAAAGCCAAAGGGCUCAGCCACUCUGGUAUUUGAGUCUCGUCGGGAGGCCUUAACGGCAAUUGAGGAACUAAGUGGAAGACCAAUAGGUCCAAGAAAAAUAAAGCUUAUUCUGGUGUGAACGUGACAUUUUUUUCCCUCUAAUUUUUUAUUCUAUUUUUUGGACAAUUACGCAAUGUUGAUUGAGACUAAUACGUUUUAAGAAAAACAGAUGUAUUUGCUUUCUUUCUCUUCUAGCAUGCUUUAGGAUUUUGUGUACAGAAAUCAGUUUUUUUGAUUUAAUUUAAUUGAUUUAAUAGAUUAUUGUUUUUUUUUUUUUGCAUUGAAAUGUUUAUUUAGUUUGGCUAAAAGCUGUGGAAAAUACUUUAAGUUUAUUAUCUGUUGCCAUUGAACAAAACAUUGAUUCUUUUUAAAUAAAAUUAUUUUCUUCACAAGAAA